CCUCCCUUGCAUGUCUGUCAUCCCAUCUCUGGUGGCCGCAGAAUGCGCCCGUAACGCCGGAUUUGCUCUGCAGGUCUAAUUAGGAGCGGUGAUUGAAAGUUUCGACUUCGCGCGGCCCCGACAAGGUGCACUUAGAGCGCGAAAUGUCUCUGAACGCACUCCGGGCCCGCCGGCGUCGUACUGCACAGACAUGGUGCUCGCCUCGUGCAUGCCCGGCAGCCCGCGAGGAGAGAGAGGACAGUCCCCUAUCUAUCUAGUGGGCGACUAAUUCUCGACCUCAACUUGAUGCGCCUGGGAUACGGGGUAUAAUGUAAGAGCAUACGCACACCGUGGAGUCUCGUACUGAGUGAGCGGUGGCUUGUUUUUGUGAGAGGACACGAGGGAGGGUUACAAUGUGUCUCGCCGGCUGUAAUGUGUUCGCAGGACGCUAGCGCCCAAGCGAGGCUACUCCCGAGAGUGAAAGGCGAGUCCCGCUCGCGACUUGUCGCAACUCCGCCGCCCUCCGCCCACGCCCCCACCCGCACCUGCUCGGCCGUGUAUGGCCACAUCUUGGUAAGUCCAAUAUGUACGUGAACCCGUGAGUCAGAGCUCGCUACCGCAACAGAUGGACGUGCAAGGUAUAUUCGAGUGUAUUGCC